CAUAAUCUGGAACAUUAGUGGCCGAGCGCCUAUGAACGGGCAAGAUGCUUUGAGGAGAACUUGUCUUCUUACAAGUGAACGUUACCUUCGACUGCUUGAUAUUCGAACUUUUGACAGCUUGAGUUAAUGGCAGGACAGGCAAGGGUUAUCCUCACCGGUGCGGGUGGCGGUAUCGGCCUCGCGAUUUGUACGAUUCUCCUGGAAGAGUUUGGCGCCAAGGUGGUUGCGAUCGAUAUCAAUGUGAGCGAUGCUCUGAAAGCGCUGAAGGAGAAGCACCCGGAGUCGUUGCAGAUCGUGCAUGGGGAUAUCACCAAGCCUGAGACGUCACUCGAAGCGCUCAAGCUUGAGCCUUCGCCUACAGCGCUGAUGCUCAACGCCGGCGUGUGCGAGCUCGUGCCCAUCGCCUCGUCCACCCCCGCCCACUGGUCAAAAGUGUUCAACGUCAACGUGCUCGCUCUGCUGAACACGCUCAUCCCGGCCGUGCCCGCGCUGAGGGAGAACAAGGGACGGGUGGUGUUCACCAGCUCGAGCGCGGCGACGAAGAGGCGGGGCGCGUGGGCGAGCUAUAACGCUAGUAAGGCGGCUGAGAACGCGAUUGCUAGGACGUUCGCUACUGAGGAACCUGAUAUCACUUCCAUCGCCGUCUGCCCUGGGAUGGCUGACACUGGGAUGGUAGAGCGUAUCAGAGGUAAAAUGGGAGCCAGCGCGAUGAAGCCGGAUGAUCAUCAGUUCUUCGUCGACGCAAAGAAGAACAUGAUCAACCCGAAGGACUGCGGUUACGUGCUGGCGAAUCUUGCUAUUAACGGUGCGCAUGAGCUGAGUGGAGAGUUCUUUACGUGGGAUAGUCCACAAGGAGCGCCUUACAAGCGGUCUGAGUAGACUGCAGCUGUAGAAUAAGUGGACCUGGGAGUGUUCAAAUAAUAAUAAUGAC